AUGCAGUCAAUCUACAUCCUUGUCGGUACGCUGCUCGCCUGCCAUGGGCUUUACCUCUUCAUCAAACGGCGUAUCCGUGCACGGAACUUGCCGCCAAAGUACUGGACUAUCGACCCAUUCAUGAAUUUUGAUUGGAUUUUUUCGACAGCUCUGAAUGCAAAUAUGCAACUCACACUUUUUAGAAAAUAUGGCCAUACUUAUCGACUGUCUAAACUGACUGAUCCAAUGGCCACCAUCAUAACAUGCCAUCCGGAAAACGCAUACACUAUCCUAGUAGGACAGGAUUGGGGUGUUGAGUUCCGCAAAGCAGGCAUGGGGCAGAUGCUUGGGAGUGGUUUCAUUUGCACGGACGGUUCCGAAUGGAAGAGGAGCAGGAAGAUGAUAAGGCCGGCGUUCAAUCGACCGAAUAUUGACAAUUUCGACGUGCUGGAAGGAGUCGCAGAUAAGAUCAUUGCGGAUAUCCAAACUUCGGAUGGCAAGGUGGAGAUGGGCUCAUUGAUGUAUAAUGCUCUGAUGCACUCCUCUAUGCAGUUUAUUCUAGGACUAGACUCAACUGGGUCGAACGACGGCAGGCCCAUGGAUGUGCAGACGUUCAACAAGCUUUGGCAAGAGGGACUGCUUGGCAUGGGCAUUCGACUGCUACUCGGAGAAGGAUUUUCCAGAACUUUCCUUCCCAAAGCACGGUAUCAAGAUGUGUGCAACCGGAUCCAUGGUUUCAUCGACUUUGCCAUCGAUGAACGCGAGAAAAAAGGCUUGGACUCAACAAAGAAGACCAAGACCAUGGCCGAGAUUGUGACACCCCAAGCAAAAGACCGGGCCGAUGCCCGUAGCCAGCUCGCGCAGACUAUGCUAGCAUCACAGGAUACGACGGGGGUCCUGACGUGCAACGUUAUCCACAUCCUGUCGUCUCAUCCCAAUGUCUGGGCCCAGCUUCGCAAAGAAGUUUCAUCUGCAGGCCCUGAGUUACUCACAUGGGAAGGGCUCCGCUCGAAUACAACCAUUCAAAACAUACUUUUCGAAACGCUACGCCUCCGUCCCGUCUUUCCACAAACCGGAAGGUUUGCCGUGCGUGACACGGUGCUCCCCUCUGGCGGCGGUCCCAAUCAUGACCAGCCACUCCCUGUGCCCGCUGGAACGUUUGCAAUUUCGAACUCGUGGGGCGUGCACGUCUCAAAAGAAAUCUAUGGGCCUGAUGCAGAUGAGUGGAAGCCCAGCAGGUGGAACAAGUUCAAGCCAGGUAGCAAGGAGUUUUUAGCUUUUGGAGCUGGACCUAGGUCAUGUCUGGGAAAGGAUAAGGCAUUAGCCGAGGCAGCGUAUCUGCUUGCUAGGCUGGUGAAGAGGUUUGAAAGCCUGGAGAGCCGGACGCCGGAGUGGAAGCCAGACGCCAGCUUCUCAAUGAAGAACAAGAAAGGGUAUCGGAUUACUUUCAAGGUCUAG